AGAUAUUGAAUUUUUAGAUGUACACUUCAAUAAACUUCUAAAUAGGACACACACUGUUAUUAAACAUGCUGUCUCCUGGGAGUCAUCAAGAGGUGGUAAUGUUAGUGUACAUGGUGAACAACAUGCGAUCACGUGUACUUCGUACCCAGAUUUUAGAGAUAAGAUCUUCGAGAUAAUUACCUAGGUUAGGAAUUGACGUAAUACCUUCUUGUCGAGCAUCAUCGAAAUCGCCAUUGUAUUACCGUAUUACCACAUUACCGCAUUAAUGCUUCAUCGCCCCUGCGCCCUUUCACUGUUCCAGCUCUCUAGUUACCUACAUAAUUUUAAAUGAAAUACUUGCGACUGGCGCAGAUGGCGUCCCAGUUCUCGACGAGCGGUGCGACGACGCAGGCCGCGAACGCUACGUCGACAGCGUCUAUAAACGAUAUCCCGAAGUCGUGGACUUUCACUUCGAAGCUUCCGCCCGACUCCCUGUUCCCCACCCCGGCCGAUUCUCAUAAGACCCCCCGCGAUCAUAUCGUUCCGAGGCAGGUUCGCGACGCCCUGUUCACGUGGGUGCGCCCGCAACAUGUCGAGAGGCCGGAGCUCCUGGCGGUUAGCCCCGCGGCUAUGCGCGAUCUCGGCAUCGGAGAAGGGGAUGAGAAAACAGAGGAUUUCGUGCAGACCGUUGCGGGCAACAAAUUGCAGGGAUGGGACGAGGAGAAGCUUGAAGGAGGCUACCCGUGGGCGCAGUGCUACGGUGGUUUUCAGUUUGGUCAAUGGGCUGGCCAGCUCGGCGAUGGGCGAGCUAUAUCGCUAUUUGAGACGACAAAUCCGAAGACGGGAGUGCGCUACGAGUUGCAAUUGAAGGGGGCGGGGUUGACGCCAUACAGUCGCUUCGCAGAUGGGAAAGCUGUCCUCCGGAGUAGCAUACGCGAGUUCGUCGUGAGCGAGGCACUGAAUGCGCUCGGUAUACCCUCUACGAGGGCUCUGAGCUUGACGCUACUCCCGGAAGUCAAGGUGCGACGAGAAACAAUCGAGCCCGGCGCCAUUGUCGCGAGGUUCACGCAGUCUUGGCUGCGGAUUGGUAACUUCGACAUCCUAAGGGCGCGGGGCGAUAGAGGUCUCAUUCGUAAGCUUGCGACGUACGUCGCCGAGGACGUAUUCGGCGGCUGGGAGACAUUACCCGGCCGUCUUGAGGAUCCGGAUAAGCCGAAGGAAUCGCCUCCUCCUAAACGUAACAUUCCAGCGGAUGCGAUUGAGGGGCCGCCGGAAUCUGCGGAGAACCGGUUCACGCGCUUGUACCGAGAAAUCGUGCGACGCAACGCGCUCACCGUCGCCAAGUGGCAAGCUUACGGGUUUAUGAAUGGCGUAUUGAACACGGACAAUACUUCUCUAUAUGGGCUGAGUAUCGACUUUGGUCCUUUUGCGUUUAUGGACAACUUUGAUCCUAACUACACUCCUAACCAUGACGACUUCAUGCUGCGGUAUAGCUACCGCAAUCAGCCAAGUAUAAUAUGGUGGAACUUGGUACGCCUAGGCGAAGCGCUUGGCGAGUCGAUCGGUGCUGGAUCGCAAGUAGACGACCCAAAGUUCAUCGAAGAUGGCGUAAAGGAAGAAGAUGCGAACGGCAUCAUCGAAAGAGCCGAAAAGAUCAUCAUGCAAGUUGGUGAAGAGUACAAGGCCGUGUUCCUCGACGAGUACAAGAAGGCGAUGACGGCUCGGUUUGGGUUGAAGACUUACAAGGAUAGCGACUUUGACGAUUUGUUUAGUAGCAUUCUUGAUACUAUGGAAUCUUUAGAACUGGAUUUCAAUCUUUUCUUCCGCCGCUUAAGCUCAGUCAAAGUGGACGAGCUAGAGACCGAGGGGGCUCGGCAGGACAGAGCGAGCGUUUUCUUUUAUAGCGACGGCGUCACGGGGGCCGGCGGAGAAGCUGAGGGCCGCAAGAAGGUCGGCGAGUGGCUGGAUAAGUGGCGGCAACGGAUCCUCGAAGACUGGGGAGAUGGACAGACCAUCUCGAACGAGCAGGACGAAGAAAGAAUGCGAGCUAUGAAGAAGGUUAACCCGAACUUUGUCCCGCGAGGCUGGAUCCUCGAUGAGGUUAUCAAGCGCGUCGAGAAGAACAACGAAAGGGACGUUCUAGACAGAAUUAUGACUAUGGCUCUGCACCCGUUUGAGGAGAGCUGGGCCGGUCGCACGUUCGACGGAAAGGAAUAUAAGGGCGAUAUAGACGAGGAGACUAGAUGGACGAGUGAUGUGCCAAGGUUGGGACGGGCUAUGCAGUGUAGCUGCAGUUCUUAGUAUCGACGCGUACGAUAUGAUGAGUCAAAUCGAAACGUGCACUUUGCGCAAUCCUGUCAGAAACAGUGAAUCCUCUACCUGAUUCGGAGUUGUCUGAACCAUAAGCAAGUCUAUUGCUACCGACGUUGUUCCAAUGGUAAAAACAGCCAUUAUAGAUACCUUGGUUCUGGCCCCGUUGGUAUAGGAGGCUUUCCUAGGCUCGAGGCGAAUGUUUCAUCAUUUUUUGACACCAUUUAUGUUCAAUCGUUGUCGUGGUAUAUUAAUGGUAAAGUCCUACCUAAGGCAGUAGGUUUCACCACUGUCUUCCGCUCACGUAUAAAACGAAUUAACGGCUCCCCCGCCUCAGAGCCUCUCUAUUCGAUCGUGUUGAUUUAAUAUGUCCUUCAUUCGAUAGACCAUCCUAUUUUCGAGGUUGUCUUUUGAACGACUAACAUUA